AUGAACACUGCCUUGGACUUCGUCAACAGGGCUCGACACGCAUGGACCGAAUUUAGGGAACCCUCGAAAUUCGACAACAGCGCACCAGCCCAACAAGCUCACGCAGAAAAUGGCGAAUCUCGCUAUGAGCAUCCCGAGAUCAUCCAGACGAAUUCACAAUUGACAGACUUUCGUCUGCUCGUAGGAAUAUUGCAAGACAAGUCCUUCACCUCAAAACAUGGGUUCCAAAUGAACAGACGGCCGCAAGCUUCCUUAGCAGACAGACCGUCUCCCAAUCUGGGCAUAUAUGCCACAGUCUGCGAUUGCGAGAUCAAAGCGAAACGAAAUUACAAGUCURCAUCAAGAUUGAUCAAUUUCUGCUAUGGAUUGCAGAUCAUUGUGGCGGCGGCCUUGACUGCUCUUGGAGCAGCUGCUGCUAGCAACAAAGCUGUCACUGCAUUUGGAGCGAUAAAUACCUGUAUUGCGGGAUUUUUGACCUACUUGCGCGGGAGCGGAUUACCUCAUCGUAUAAAAUACUUCCAACACGAAUGGGCCAAGAUUCGAGAGUGCAUUGAGCAGCGUGAACGAGACUUUACCUUCCCAAACAGCGGCUUAAGCGUAGCAGAAGAAGUAGAGAAGAUCCGCAAGAUGUACGAGGAACUCCGACAAGACAUCGAGAACAACCGACCAGACCGCUUCGUAAGUUCGGGAACUUUGGCUCGAGCUCAACCGCAAGCCAUCUCCCUCGCCCGACCGCAGCCAUCAUUCAGCACAAUGAGCAAACAUUGGAAUGAGAAGGAAACGGAAGCGAGCACCGCAAUCGAUCGUGCACGAGGAACCGCUUCUGGACUCUUCUCCAACGCUCGCGGAAUGAAGGAUAUGUUGGAGGAUAAAUUGAAAGAACUCAAGGAGCUGGAACAUGAGAUCGUGUCUAGUGGGAAGCAUAUGGCGGAGGAGAAGAAGAAAAGUGUGGUGGAGCAGGUGCAAAGUACUGCGAGGGAUAUCGAGCAUGUUGGGGAGAAAUUGGAGCAUGAUGCGAAGGCUGCGCUUGAUGAGAGGUAUACGGAAGGAAGGGAUCAGGUUGGGAAUGCUAUUGUAAGGACGCAAGAUGGUGCUCAUGCUGCUAUUGAGAGGACGCAAGAUGGUGCUCAUGCUGCUGUUGCUCGUCAGGGGGAUGCUGUGCGGGAUUCUGUUGGAUCUCGAGGGGAUGAGACGGCGCCGAAGUAA